UACCACAGCCGAGAUUCGCCCUGUAAGCAAGUUUUUUUUUAUUUGUUUUUAUCUAGGCGAGUUACGAGUCAGUUUAGAUUCUGACGGCCUACCAUAGUGAUCUGUUUCCACUUUCCAAAGUAGACGUCGUGGUGGAUGCUGCAUUCUGCAAUCACUGGGAUGAUGUAUGCGACGAUGUAGAUAAGAACUAAAGACAGAAGACAGCUGCAACUUUAUCGAUGUUCGAGGGAGACAUGUGAAUACGGUCAGUCGUUAUAAUCUGUGUGAGGGAUUAGUCGAGAUAGUCACUCUGUAGUGCGGACACGAAGAUACUGGAGUGCGACAUCUAGCACGUGGGCAAGUGGCUUGAAACUUAAAAAAACGUAGAACUGAAAACCAGACGAAAACGUACGACGAUGACGUAAUGAUUAUCCAUACUUAAAAAAACAAACACAGAAGCAAAACACGAAACCGAAUAUGGGCGGACAGAAAGCUACGAAAAUACACAAGGAAUCGCCGGAAGAUGUCAUAGUCCCAGCGCCCUCUGCCGACGAAGUAGACAACUUUAUCCCCGAGCCCCCCGACGGCGGGUGGGGGUGGGUGAUCGUGGCCAGCUCCCUGGUGUGUAAUAUCAUAGUGGACGGGAUCGGAUACACGUUCGGGAUACUGCUGUUGGAGUUCGUCGACUAUUUCCAAGCGUCGAAAAGCAAAGUCUCGCUGAUCGGUUCCUUACAAGUGGGAAUGUACUUAUGCGUGGGACCAAUCGUCAGCGCCCUUACAAACAGGUUUGGUUGUCGACCAGUGUGCAUCACCGGAAGUCUCGUUGCCACGACCGGCUUUAUACUGAGCACGUUCUCGCCCAAUGUAGACAUCUUGAUUCUUACGUAUGGAGUGAUGGGAGGUAUUGGUUUCGGUAUGAUGUAUCUCCCGGCCAUCGUCAGUGUUGGGUUCUAUUUCGAGAAGAAGCGAGCCAUCGCUACUGGAAUCGGCGUGUGUGGAUCAGGGAUCGGGAUGUUCAUCUUCGCGCCUCUCACCAGAUACCUAUUGGACGCCUAUGACUGGAAGAGCACCAUCUUAAUCCUCGCCGGAAUAGUCUUUAACGGCAUCGUAUGCGGCGCGCUUAUGAGGCCGCUGGAAGCAAAGAGAAAAAAGAAACCCAAAUCUGGCGAAAAUGGCCUAGGAAAACACGACACGAAAUUCUUGUUUGACAAUUCCGGCACGGAGUAUACACGUUCAGUGCCGAAUAUAGUCCUGUCAUCCGUGAACCAGGACAAACCGGGUCCCAAAAUAGAAAUCGUGAAACUGAGUCCAUCGUCUUCUAAGCGCUAUUUAAAACCUGAACUGAUUACCGUUCUUGACGGAAAUGACGCAGAUGCGCCGGGGCCUCAUAUAAGACUGUUGGACAUGGAGGACAUGAUUCACCAUAGCAACCAGUCAGCUCAAAGUCAGGCGAACAGAACUUUCAUUUCGGAGGCAAACCUGAACAAACUGAAAACCGAACUUUCCCGACCAAUGUACCGGAAAGACAUUUUCUACAGCGGGAGCAUUAUGCAUAUCCCAGAAUUCCGCGUGCAACCGAAUAUGAAAAACUACAUCCGGAGCGUCACAAGCAUUCAGAGCGAACAGGAAAUGUGCGAUAUUCCGUGUUUUAAGUGCCUCCCUCGUUCAUCACGUGACACGCUGGCAGACAUGCUGAACCUCCAUUUGUUUAAAAACGUGACGUUCUUACUCAUCUGUCUCGGGAAUAUAUUAGCUAUGUUAGGAUUCUAUGUGCCGUUCGUCUAUUUGGCUGACAGGGCUAUACGACUGGGCAUCGCAGAAAACAAGGCGGCCUUUCUUCUGUCGGUGAUUGGUAUAACCAACACAAUUGGACGAGUUUUAGCCGGUUUCCUAGCUGACCUCAGAAAGGUGGACAGCCUCGUUAUAAACAACAUUGCCAUGGUGAUCCUAGGCGUCGGAACCAUGCUGGCGCCACUUUGUGAUACCUACGCUCUCUUUUGUGUCUUUGCUGCUGUAUUUGGCCUCUGUGUGGCUGCUUAUAUAUCUCUCACGUCAAUCAUCCUGUGUGACUUGCUUGGAUUGGAGAAUCUGACCAAUGCCUUUGGACUGCUGACGUUAGCACGUGGUAUUUCGUCAGCUGCCGGACCGCCCAUUGCAGGCGCUGUGUUCGAAAUCAGCCAGAACUACAACAUUUCAUUUUACAUGGGCGGCGCCUUUAUCAUAGGUGGCGCCCUCUGUCACAUAGUGUUACACACGCCAUGCAUGACGCGACGGACGAAAAAGGCAACGCAAGAUGCGGCAGUUGUUACAAAAGUCGGGAUCGAGGCAGAUAGCCCGGAUGUUGCGCAGGACAGAGUUUAACAGACACUAUUAAAGCACCAGUCUAUAAUUUAUUACACACCCAUUGGAGAUAACACAUAGUUGUUUACACACAUACGUGUGUUAACAGUUCGAAGACAUACGACUGGCUGCUCCUAGGUGAUGACCAGGUCACCAAUGCCAUACCUCCAA